AUGGAUCAUGUUAUAAUCACACAUGUACUUGACCCAAGGUGUAAAUUAGAGCACUUAUAUGCAACCUUAAUUAAAGUUGGUGGAUAUAGUGAAAAUCAAGUGGAAUUGUUUGUUAAUAAUAUUCGUGAAAAAAUUAUUUCAUAUAGAAUAAAGUAUUCAAAUGCUGUUAAAGUUGUUGAAGUUGGUGAAAUUGCUAAAGCUGUUGAAACUGUUGAAAUUAUCGAUCAUUCUGCAGAUGAUUUCUUAUUUCUUAGAAGAAAAAUUGAGAGGGCCUUUUCAAGAGCAGAUUUUACUAUCACUAGUGAUAGAGCAUCUAUUAGUGAAGAAACAGUUUCAAGCAUUAUACUCCUACAUUUAUGGCUAACAGAAAGCCAAAAUAAGUUUAGUCCCCUUCAAGAUCUUCUAUGA